CACGGAGGAGUCUCGUUCACCUCCUGUGAAGUUGUUUCGGCGUGUCUGCCCUCACCACCCCCCACUCCCUUUUUCCACUUGGGCGAACCGAACCCGAUCCAGAUCCGACACUCAACGUAUCUGCAGCCACCAUGUCCACCUCGGAUGAAGUGGAUGGACUGAUUCGUCCUCAUUAUGGCUCUGUUCUUGAUGAUGAGAGGCUCACUGCGGAAGAGAUGGAUGAGAGGCGAACACAAAAUGUGGCCUAUGAGUACCUGUGUCAUUUGGAGGAAGCCAAAAGGUGGAUGGAGGCCUGUCUGGGUGAGGAACUGCCACCAACCACUGAGCUAGAGGAAGGUCUGAGGAAUGGAGUCUACCUUGCCAAGCUGGGGAACUUUUUCAGCCCUAAAGUGGUGUCCCUGAAGAAGAUUUAUGACCGGGAACAAACCAGAUACAAUGCAACUGGUCUCCACUUCAGACACACAGACAAUGUGAUUCAGUGGCUCAAUGCGAUGUCUGAAAUAGGUCUUCCAAAGAUCUUUUACCCAGAGACGACAGAUAUCUAUGACAGGAAGAACAUGCCUCGCUGUAUAUACUGCAUCCAUGCUUUAAGCUUGUACUUGUUUAAAUUGGGCCUUGCUCCACAAAUUCAAGACCUUUACGGGAAGGUAGAAUUUACAGCUGAAGAGAUUAACCUAAUGAAGAGUGAGCUGGAGAAAUAUGGCAUUCAGAUGCCGGCCUUCGGUAAAAUUGGAGGAAUUUUGGCCAGUGAGCUGUCUGUGGAUGAAGCCGCAUUGCACGCAGCAGUGAUUGUCAUUAAUGAAGCAAUUGACAGAAGAGUUGCUGCCGAUACCUUCACCGCACUUAAGAAUCCCAAUGCCAUGCUUGUAAACCUUAACGAGUCCUCGGCCACUACUUAUCAGGAUACACUUUACCAAGCAAAGCAGCAUAAAAUGGAAAAUGCAAGAAAAAGGAUGACAGCAGACAAUGCAGGAGCUGAAAGGGAUGUUUAUGAGGAACUUCUUACCCAGGCAGAGAUCCAAGGCAACAUUAACAAAGUGAAUCUAAAAGCAGCUCUAGAAAGGGUUGACCAGGCUUUGGAGAAGGAGAACCCACAACUGCUGUUUGAGGCUCUGAGUUUGCCUGCACUUUCACUUCGGGCAUUACAGAGAGACAACUCGGACUGGUAUCUGAAGCACCUUCAAAGUGAGAAGCUGCAGAAACAGGAGAAUGGCCUGACGGGACCGCUGCAGAAGGAAGAGUUACAAGCUGGGGUUGAUGCAGCGAACGGUUCAGCUCAGCAGUUCCAGAGAAGGCUGGCUGCGGUGGUUCGGAUAAAUAAUGCUAUCCGGAAAGGCGUUGCGGAAGAGACUGUGCAAGAGCUGAUGAACCCUGAUGCUCAGCUGCCGGAGGUGUACCCAUUUGCUCAGAAUCUUUAUCAGAACGAGCUGGCAACAUUACAACAACAAAGUCCAGAGGGUAACCUUACUCACCCAGAACUUCUAGUUGCUGUAGAGAUGCUAUCCUCUGUGGCUCUCAUGAACAGAGCUCUGGAUACAGGCGAUGUCAAUACGGUCUCGAGGCAGCUGACCAACGCAGUUACUGGACUAAUGGAUGUGGAGGAUGAGAAUUUGCAAAGGUACAUCGAUGAACUGAUCAGACUUAAACAUCAGGCACGGGAAGAAGGAACUGAGUUUAUUACAUGGAAUGAUAUUCAAGGAUGUGUGAACCACAUUAAUAACAUGGUACAUGAGGAGCAUGCCAGGAUUUUAGCCAUUGGGGUCAUUAAUGAAGCUUUGGAUGAGGGUGAUGCCAAGAAGACAUUGCAAGCUUUACAGCUACCAGCAGCAAAGUUAGAAGGAGUGGACCCAAAUGUCGCCCAACAUUACCAGGAUACAUUAGUCCGAGCAAAAAGAGAAAAAGCCCAGGAAACAAAAGAUGAUUCGGCUGUUCUUUGGUUGGAUGAGAUUCAGGAUGGAAUCGUACGGUCCAACAAGGAAACUGAAGAUGCCCAGAAAUUCUCAGUUGGUAUUCUGGCUAUUAACGAGGCAGUGGAAAAAGGCGACAGUGCACAGACUCUUAGCGCCCUGCGAUCUCCAGACGUUGGACUAUAUGGGGUAACCUCAGAGUGCGCCCCAACAUACCACAACGAGCUGGCUGACCUGAAGAAGAGUAAAUCCGCAGAAGGGGACAAUGGAAGUGAUUGGGUGCAGCACUGGGUUAAAGGAGGCUAUCAGUAUUACUUUAACCUGAAUACUAAUGAAGGUGGAUGGGAAGAACCCACAGGAUUCAUUCAGAAUAACACUCAGCUCUCCAAGGAGGAUAUUCAGAGCACCAUUUCCGGUGUGUCUGCGGCUUACAACAGGGAGCAGCUAUGGUUGGCCAAUGAGACUCUGAUUACAAAGCUGCAGGCCAGGUGCCGGGGCUACCUUAUGCGCAAGAAGUUCACAUCCAGGAAGAACUUCCUGGAGUCGCAAAUCCCAGCUGUUACCUGCAUCCAGGCUCACUACAGAGGACAGAAGCAAAGAAAGGAUUACAAAGAUCGUUUGCAGCACCUCAAAGACCACACUCCUGAGGUUGUAAAGAUCCAAUCCUACACCCGAAUGUAUCAAGCCAGGAAACGGUACAGAGACAGAUUAAAGUAUUUCAAUGAUCACAUAAAUGACAUUGUGAAGAUCCAGGCUUUUAUUCGUGCCAACAAAGCUCGUGAUGACUACAAAACCCUGAUCAAUGCCAGUGAUCCACCCAUGGCAGUUGUCCGCAAAUUCGUCCACCUCUUGGACGAAAGUGAUCAAGACUUUCAGGAGGAGAUGGAAGUAAUGAAGCUUCGAGAAGAAGUGGUGACCUUGCUCAGGUCCAACCAGCAGCUGGAGAAUGAUCUUAACCUCAUGGAUAUCAAGAUUGGCCUUCUUGUAAAAAACAAAAUUACAUUGCAGGAUGUUGUCUCACACAGUAAAAAGUUAACCAAGAAAAACAAGGAACAGCUUUCUGAUAUGAUGAUGCUAAAUAAGCAAAAAGGAGGGCUGAAGGCGCUGAGCAAAGAGAAGAGGGAAAAACUGGAAGCUUAUCAGCAUCUGUUUUACUUACUGCAGACAAACCCAACUUACCUGGCCAAGCUCAUCUUCCAGAUGCCGCAAAACAAAUCCACCAAAUUUAUGGAUUCUGUCAUUUUUACACUCUAUAAUUAUGCUUCCAAUCAGAGAGAGGAAUAUCUUCUUUUACGCCUGUUCAAGACCGCACUUCAGGAAGAGAUAAAAUCUAAAGUGGAUCAGAUUCAGGAAAUCGUCACUGGAAACCCCACAGUAAUUAAGAUGGUGGUCAGUUUUAACAGAGGAGCACGUGGCCAGAAUGCUUUGAGGCAAAUUCUAUCGCCAGUAGUGAAAGAAAUAAUGGAUGACAAAUCAUUAAAUAUCAAAACUGAUCCUGUGGAUAUCUACAAAUCCUGGGUGAAUCAGAUGGAAUCUCAGACUGGGGAAGCCAGCAAGCUACCCUAUGAUGUCACACCAGAGCAAGCAAUGACACACGAGGAAGUGAGAAACAGACUGGACUCUUCCGUCAAAUACAUGCGUACAGUAACAGACAAAUUCCUUGCUGCCAUUAUCAGCUCAGUGGAUAAGAUCCCAUAUGGCAUGCGUUACAUUGCAAAGGUUCUUAAAGAUACACUCCAUGAAAAGUUUCCUGAUGCAGGCGAAGAUGAAUUGUUGAAGAUAGUGGGAAAUCUGCUGUAUUAUCGCUACAUGAACCCAGCAAUUGUGGCCCCUGAUGCCUUUGACAUCAUUGACAUAUCUGCUGGAGGACAGCUGACCACAGAUCAACGUAGGAACCUGGGUUCUAUUGCCAAGAUGCUCCAACAUGCUGCUUCCAACAAGAUGUUCAUUGGAGACAAUGCCCACCUGAGCAUCAUCAAUGAAUAUCUCUCACAAUCCUACCAGAAAUUCAGGCGCUUUUUCCAGUCGGCCUGUGAAGUCCCAGAGCCGGAGGACAAAUUUAAUGUGGAUGAAUAUUCUGAUCUGGUGACCCUCACAAAACCAGUGAUUUAUAUCUCCAUUGGAGAAAUUGUCAAUACCCACACUCUGCUGCUAGAUCACCAGGAUGCCAUCGCUCCAGAACACAAUGACCCAAUUCACGAGUUGUUGGAUGACCUUGGAGAAGUUCCCACCAUUGAGGCUCUCAUAGGUGAAGGACCUGCCGCUACAACUGAUGCCAACAAGGAGAUUCUGGGAAAGACUGAGGUUUCCUUGACGUUAACCAACAAAUUUGAUGUGCUUGGGGAUGAGAAUGCAGAGAAAGAUGCAAAGACAAUCCUGCUAAAUACAAAACGUCUUAUCGUGGAUGUGAUUCGAUUUCAGCCUGGUGAGAGCCUUACUGAAAUCCUGGAAACUCCAGCCAGCAAUGAACAGGAAGCAGAUCACCAGAGAGCUAUGCAGAGACGUGCAAUUAAGGAUGCUAAGACCCCAGACAAGCUUAAAAAGGCCAAAUCUUUAAAGGAAGACAACAACCUCAGCCUUAAAGAGAAGAAAGAGAAAAUACAAGCAGGAUUAAAGAAGCUGACCGAGCUGGGAAUGGUGAACCCAGAAAAUCAUUACCAGGAUCUCAUCAAUGACAUUGCCAAGGACAUCCGUAAUCAAAGGCGAUAUCGUCAGAGAAGAAAGGCAGAGCUUGUGAAGCUUCAGCAGACUCACUCAGCUCUGAAUUCGAAGGCUGUAUUCUAUGAAGAGCAGGUUGACUAUUAUAAGAGCUACAUAAAGACUUGCUUAGACAACUUGGCAAGCAAGGGAAAAGUGUCUAAGAAACCAGGACAAGCGAAAGGGAAGAAGAGUAAGAAGAUAUCCCUGAAAUAUUCUGCUGCUCGACUCCACGAGAAAGGCGUGCUGCUGGAGAUUGAAGAUUUACAAGUAAACCAGUUCAAAAACGUGAUCUUUGAAAUUGCUCCAACGGAGGAAGUUGGGGAUUUUGAAGUGAAAGCCAAGUUCAUGGGUGUGCAGAUGGAAACUUUCAUGUUACAUUAUCAGGAUCUUCUCCAGCUUCAAUAUGAGGGAGUUGCAGUCAUGAAAAUGUUUGAUCGUGCAAAAGUCAAUGUAAACCUCCUCAUCUUCCUUCUAAAUAAGAAAUUCUACGGAAAAUAAGAUGUGACUGUCAAGAGUCUGGCACAGAGAAGAGAGGAGAACUGCACAUUUUGUUCCAUCUUCGAUAAAGACAUACAAUACCUACAAUCGAAACCAAGUACCUUUCUGAGGGUCACAACUCAGCAAGCAUCCUGCUAAUGGAACUAAAGGAAGCUUCACCACCUUACUAUAAUGUUACAUAUGAAAUGGUAUCUUAAGGGUUAAAGAAUGAUUUUCAAUAGAGAACAGUGAUUAGCUCAGGACAGAACUGGUCCUUCUGCACUAACUCGAUACAUAUGAUGCGCGUUGUAUUUUUUU